AAGGCAUGCUCCAUCCAGAAUUCCCGUCCUCUCCUCCUUUCAUUAACAUAUCUGGACGCCAACACAAACUUUGAUGCCCAAUAUGGCAACACAGCAGCACACUGUCCAACACGACUCGACAAGGUUCGGUGGUCGGCAUGUUUCAGCACCGACUGGCGGACCGGUCCCGCGGAACCAGUGUCCUGGAAGACGCCACGCUCUUCCCUUACUUCCAAGGUCGGCACGUUUCGCCUUAUCGUUGUCGUUAUCGUAUUCCGGUUUCCGAUUCGGUGGCCCCUCUCAAGACAAUCCGAGAGCGACUUGGACCACUUGUUGGAUAGAUUAUCCCAUCUACCACUUGGGGAUGUGUUUGCCGCCAUCCGACGGCAUAUCCCAUGGGCUUCCGCGAGGGUGCGCUGUCUUGUUUGGACUCCUGGAGACGACCACUCUUAAAUUGUCAGACGGUGUUUUGCGCAAGCCACAACGUGCUGCUAUUGCCUUUCUCGCCAUGUGCUCGGUGCUGUUUGGAUCGCCUGCUGCCGUGUUCCGCGGUGCUUGAUACCAGGAAACGGCUUGUUGGACAGACAGCAUGAGUCGGCACCUUGCGUAAACUCCGCUCGGCUGCGUGGAUCCCAAACGCCACGCCAUAUUGCAAAGCAAGUGCUCAGAGCUCGUCACGAACAACUCAUCCCCCAAAAUAUUGCCUCUUGGUAAGUAUUACGCUACAUCGAGAGAGAGACAAAAGAAAACCCCCCUCCCUUUCGACCCAACAGGACGCGUAGAUGCUACUAUGCCUCGGCAGCAGAUUGAGGAAAGUGAGGGGGUGACAAGCUGAGAGUUCAUGAAUGCGGCUGCUCUUAUCAAUCUGUUAGCGGAGUUGGGGCUCCAAUCACUGGCAAGAUCCAUGCACCCUCACCUUGUGUCGUCGUAAUUGACUUCGAUCUAUGCUCGCACUACGUUGCUUGGGCAGGGCAGCACCAUAUACCAUGUUAGACCUUCAGCUCGAAACCGCGGGUUUUGUAAAAAUGCCGCCGUUAUCUAGAAUGAGAAAGAUGCAAGAAUGGUGUGUUUCCGACCGUCCAGGAAUGCGAUUGCUAGAAUGGACAUUCGUAUACUUUUGGG